UCGGAAGAAAAGGUGAAAUUUUUUAAUUUGGGAAAAGCAAGGAAAAAAAAAUUAAAAGAAAAAAAUUUCCCUUCAUUAGUAGGGGAGGAAAUACUCAAAUUAGUCGAAGUUAAUUAUAAUCAGGAAGUUAAAGAAAUUAUUAAAACUAACCCUAAUUCCAAAGUGGUGUUAGUCAAUUAUCCCCAUAACGAACAGCAGUUUGCCUCUCUAACUACUGAAUUAGCUCAAAUGGGGAAAAAAAUCAAUAACAUUAUUCUAUUAAAUAUUGCUAAUUUUGAGUUAAUUUUAAGUCUAAAAAAUGAUUAUCUAAUUUGUCCUCUUUGUGAGAGGAUAUAUCAAAAAGAAGAAGUUUUGAAAGAGAAUGAAAAAUUUGUUUGUUCACAAGAUAAUGAAUGCCAGUUUUCUUUUGCUGAUAUAAAAAAGUUUAGUGAAUAUGUCAUUGAGUAUCAUUUAAAAAAUACUGAACAAAUAGUCAAAAAAUUUCUUUCUGAAAAUAAACUUACUACUUCCUCUAUUAUUCAAUUAACGGUUCAAAAAAAGGAAGAAAUUUUUAAUGGUGAAACCCAAAGAAGUUUAUUAAAAGUAAUUGAGAGUUUUGGUGGUGUAGAUAAGUAUAUAGAGUAUAGUGAUGCGAAGAUAUGGACGAUAAGAAAAUUUGGUUCAUCAUUAGAGAUGACUCGAGGACAAGCCAUAGCAGAUAGACUUAUAAGAGAAGUUAAUUCACAACCACCAGGAAAAGUUGAGUUCGAACAUAGAAUAGAACAUAGGGAUAGUUCUCCUGAACGUUCGGAUUAUAUGCUUUCUGUUGAAGAUAAUAAGGAAGUAUACACUGUUUAUUCGGAAAAAUUAAAACAAUUUAUGCGAGAAAUUAUUGUUAACAAG